AUGCUGGGGGGCUUCUCAAGCAAGAACGGGCCUGUAUCGUUUGAAUUCCCAUCCACUCCUCCGCCACCCCGAACAUCCAAAGAUUGGAAAUGCGUGUUAAUGGAAAUCAAACGCCUUUACCAGCGCCGUCUGUACAAACAAUGCGCAGCCCGUUGCGAAACAAUCCUUCAUAACGCGAACAAAGAAAAUGUGGGUGCUAUCUUUGUCACGCGACGCACUCGAUCAUUUCAUCUGAUGCUAACGGAUCCACUUGUGCAGAUUCAUCCUAUUUACCGAGCAUUUUUAACAUUCUACGCGGCAGUCUCAUACGAGUUCUUAGGGCGAGCUGCUCAUCUCUACUCCGCCAACAAGAUCAAGCUUCUCAGCUUGGCUCUAGAGAAAUUUGUUGAUUGUGGUGCAGCUCUCCCUCCACUCGUUGCUUUACCUCGACUGUCAAAACGCGAAGAUGACUACUCUGAUUUAUCGAGUCCGUCUAGUCCGUCUGCUGCAGAGUGUCUCGCUACAUUUGAGCCUCCAAGUCCUCGGCGAAACUCACUGGUAGCAGGUAUUACGCGGCUGAUUGACGCGUCCUUGAUAGAAAUGGAUGAUCCUUUCUUGGGUAUUGAGGAUGGCAUGGACGAAAAGUUCUCUAUUCUUUCGAGUCUGGACUUCCAACCAUUCGAAGACCAGCCGAUCCUUUCUCAGUCGAAGGUAUCCUCUACAGUGAAAGACCCCAUGAAAAAAGAGUCAAUGAAACCCUUCCCUUUACGUGUCAUAAAGUCCUCUAAUGAGAAUCAUUCAUGUACCACCAUCAUGCCUCGAAAAUCUAUUCCCAAUGACGCGAACUGCGGCAUAACGAGAUCAAACAGCAGAUUUCGACCUCCAAGACUCCCACUCCAAGUGAUCACAUCUUUCCAGCUAAACGCCAGAAAACAAAAAGAAACGUGUGUGUCAACAGCCUCAGACUCUUCAUCUCCAACAUAUACAGCCCAUCUUUCAUCAACCGAGCAUUCAUUCUUAGAAACCCCAAACACAACCCCACCAUCACAGACAUCAAGCAAAGAAACAUUCCCAUUCCCUGUGGACGAUUUGACACCCGCACGCGCAGCACAGAUCGUCCGCUCGAAUCAUGGACUCGCUUUUCUUCGAGAACAGAUAAAUUCCAGCAUUUACGAGAUAGAGAUACAGACUCAUCAUAUUACUCGGAUUCAGGAACUUCGUCGAGAGCGUAAAUUGCAACGCGCUAGUUCGUUUUGGAGCUUUGAUCCCAUUAUUGGUGAUUACGAGGAUAUGGAAUUGGUUAUGGAUCCCGAACCAAUCAUGAAUGAGUUUGGGAAUCUGGUUCUGAUCGAGACGAAGCAGCAGAGGAUUGUGCGACUACGAGCUGAGGGAUGGGAGACGGUGGGAUUACGGAGCCGGGGGAGUACAUGGAAGGGAUCACGGUAUUAUCAGGAGUUGUGUGCUAUGGUUAUGACGGAGCUCAACUUGGAUUCCUGA